AUGCCCCUUGGUCAGAUCGAAUUACCGGUCACGUUCAGCGUGCCUGACAACUUCUGCAUAGAGAAGUUGACCUUCGAUGUUGCAGACUUGAAAACAGCGUACAAUGUGAUCCUAGGUUGCCCAAUGCUAGGCAAGUUCAUGGUUGUGGUGCAUUAUGCGCACCAGAGCCUGGAUAUGGUCGAGCACUUCCGCCAUAUGACGACUACCUCAAGAAGCAUAGAGUCUAAGUGCCAAAAGCAUCAAGCCACUGCCAAGACCAAGAACAAUGUCAAGGACUCCAAACUCGUGACUCACACUGAUACUUCCAAGUCUGACAAUACUGCCAAGGGUAAGACCAAUGACGGUGCCAAGGACAAGAAGAUUGAUGGUGGUAUCAAGGCAGUGCCCCUCGACCCAUCUGAGUCGGCCAAGACGUUCGAGAAAGAGGCCCACCUUGACCCCAAAUAG